AUGAAAGCAUUAGUUGUAAUUGCUAAUGGAAGUGAAGAAUUAGAAGCUGUAACCAUUAUCGACAUUCUUGCCAGAGCUAAAAUUCAAGUUACUACAGCUACUAUAAAUUCUAAUUUAGAAACUGCUUGUUCUCGUGGGGUGAAAAUAAUGGCUGACAAAUUUCUUUCUGAAUGCAAUGAACAAUAUGAUGUUAUUGCUAUUCCAGGUGGGUUACCAGGUGCUGAUAAUUUGGCUGGCUCUCAAUUACUGAUUCAAAAGAUAAAAGAACAACUUGCAGCUAAUAGAUUUGUUGCUGCUAUUUGCGCAUCACCAGCUAUUGUUUUAGAAGGAAAUGGAAUAAUUCAAGGAAGAAAGUGUACUGCCUAUCCAUCAUUCCAACCAAAACUUGCUAACCAAUCAGCAGUUCAUCAACGUGUAGUUGUUGAUAAUCAUUUAAUUACAAGUCAAGCACCAGGCUCAGCCAUUGAAUUUGCAUUAGAAAUUAUUAGACAAUUAAAGGGUGAAGAGGCUAUGAGAGAAGUAGAAAGUCCAUUGGUAUUAAGUUUCAAGUAUUGA